UUGCAAGGUCCUCGUGCUUACAGGACAAAAUUCGAUGACCAAAAACUUUCAUCGUCUACGCAAGAAGCACAGCGAAUGGAGAAGGAACGUCUGCAGCGACUGGGAAUCAAUCUUACGACAAACUCAUCGGAAGAAGCGCAUAGUAGUAGUUGUACACCAGUUCAAGGCACAUCGUCCUCUUUAUUAGACGAUGGCAUUGUUAAGAAGGAAUCGGAAUCAACACACAACGACACGGAAUCAGCUGAUGAGGUUAUACUGUUGAGUAGUGAUAGCGACGAGGAUCUUGACCAUGCAGAUGUGACGAAACCUCAAGUGAUGGUGCUGGAAGAUGAGACUGAAAGGUUGCAUCGUAUAGAGCGUGAACGAAUCAGAAAACGAAGAGCUUCUGGCGAGUUAGAAAGUACCGAGCUGUCAGGAGGUCAGCUGCUGAUAAACGCCAAUAAACCGGCGAACGAUCCGGAUGUUUAUGUGAACAAACACCUCGCCAGUGUUCUGAAACCCCAUCAGAUUGGUGGAGUUCGAUUCAUGUAUGACAAUGUAAUUGAAACUAUUAAUGGCUUUGAAAAAUCGCCUGGUUUCGGAUGUAUUCUUGCGCAUGUCAUGGGACUGGGUAAAACCAUUCAGGUGAUCGCAUUUUCGGAUAUAUUUCUGAGGACAACUGCUUCGAAGACAAUUCUCAUCAUUGUACCGAUCAACACAAUUCUCAAUUGGAUCAGCGAAUAUGAUCGUUGGUUGCCGAAUAAGUUGGAUGAGAGUGGUAAACCGAUUCGUGAGUUCAGUUUAUUGUUGCUUGGUGAUAACGUGAAAACAGCAGAACAACGUAUGGAAGUGCUUGAGAAAUGGCGUUCGCAAGGUGGUGUAUUAUUAAUAGGUUAUGAUAUGUUCCGACUGUUGGUCAAUGUUCAGCCACCAAAGAAAGUCGUCAAGAGGCGAGGCGUUGUUUCGAGUAACACGAAAAAGAUGAAAAUCGAAGUGAUUGAUUUGGAAAAAGAGGAAAUUGAGACGACGAAUCGUAAAGGUUGUGCCGUUUUCUUUGCAUUAGCACGAGAAGCUCUAUUAGAUCCAGGACCUGAUCUUGUGGUGUGUGAUGAAGGACAUCGUAUCAAAAACGAUAAAACUGGUAUCGCCGCAUCGUUGAAUGCUAUUCGAACGAGACGUCGUAUUGUGUUGACGGGUUACCCCUUGCAAAACAACUUACUGGAAUAUUAUUGCAUGGUCGAUUUUGUGAGGCCGAAUUUCUUGGGCACGAAAAAAGAAUUCAAAAAUAUGUUCGAAAGACCGAUCAAAAAUGGUCUCUGUAUUGACUCGACACCAAACGAUGUCAGGUUGGCACAACAACGAACACAUGUCCUCAGUGAAAUGUUGAAAGGCUUUGUGCAAAGGAGAACGCAUCAUCUGUUGAAGCAGAUUCUGCCAGAGUCGUAUGAAUACGUGUUGUUGCUGCGUAAAAGUGAAAUUCAACGAGUUCUGUAUCGAGCAUUUUUACAGUACGCACAGUCUGAGAUUACUUCUAUUGGAUAUACUGUAUUCAAUCCGUUGAAAGCUUUUGCUGCGUGCUCGAAGGUUUGUUCGUUGUGGGUUAACCCUCUCGUGGCGAUGUUUCUGGAUUCAUCAAGAGCGCUCUGUAACGAAAUUGUUUGGUUCACCACUGCAGCGACACACUUGCGAAAUGCAAAUGGAGCGAAUAACGCAAAUAACGAUACGAAUAAGGGUACAGCAUGGACAUCGAAUAAAACGAUUGCAAAAGCACUACUGGAAGAGAUGGGUUUCGAUAAGGGCGUUCGAUAUGACUGGGCCGCACUUGCGAUGGGUGGCUAUCAGACGGACGUAAUCGAAAACGGAUAUAAAAUGGCAAUUUCACUGGAGAUCAUUCGGAAAGCCAAUCAAAUCGGUGACAAAGUUCUUCUAUUCAGUCAGAGUCUGCUGACGUUAAAUUUGAUAGAACGCUUCUUGGAACGAUUCAGUAAAGUCGAAAAGGAGGACGGCACUGAAGAACCGUGGAAACGCAAUCGUACAUUUCUUCGUUUCGACGGGUCAACGUCAGCGAGUGAACGUGAGAAGUUGAUAAAUCGGUUCAAUAAUGAUCCGGGUGUUUUGUUGUUUUUGAUAUCAACGAGAGCUGGUUCGUUAGGCAUCAACUUGGUAUCAGCGAAUCGCGUCAUAAUAUUCGAUGCGUCCUGGAACCCAUGCCACGAUGCGCAAGCCGUGUGUCGCAUUUAUCGUUAUGGUCAGCAGAAACGUACUUUUAUCUACCGACUGAUUGUUGACAACUGCAUGGAGAAGGGAAUCUUCAACAGACAGAUCGGCAAGAAUGGAUUGCAACAGAGGGUUGUGGACGACCGACAGCUGGAUGUGGACGUGACAAAGAGCGAACUCGAGCAGUUACUUGUUUAUGAUGAGGCACUGGAUGUGCUCACCGAGCCGCACAAUGUCACUUCAUGGAACAUCACCGAUAAUGUCUUAUGGUCAGCUGCAGUGUCACAUUCAUAUAUGUUCGCUCAAGAACCAUUUUUACACGAUUCUUUGCUAAUGGAACGUGAAGCCGGGCUCAGUGAAGAGGAGAAAGCUGAGGCCAGGCUAUUAUAUGAACAGGAAAAGAAUAUAUACAAAGGAUUAGAAAUUGAUCUCGGUCCUAUCGGAAGUGUGAUGCCACUGAGCCACGCUGAACAUUUAUCAUCUCGCUAUCGAACCGGAUUGGACAGAUCAUGGAAUCGCAAUGCAUCCGAGAGCGGGGGUGGUCAGCAAAUAUUUUUGAUGCGAUUUAGGGAAAUGAAGAGAAGAAAUCAAACAGUUUUGUGGUUGUUUGCGAGGUGUAAUCGAAAUAAUUGCAGACCGGUAGCACCACCUGGACCGUUACCGAUGCGAGCCACUCCGUUACCAAUGGGUGUUGAAAGGGUGACCGAUGACAGAAGUACGCCACGAACAUUGUUGGUUCGCGUCCCCAACGACGUGAUGAUGCCGAUGUCGCGAAGUCGUCUCUUCACGCCCCGACCGCAAGCCAAUCCCACAAGUUUAUCCUUUGUCGUCAUAAAAUUCCUCUCCAGUUCUCAUCUCAUCAGCAUUUCUUUGAAAUUAUCCGUUGUUAUAUUGAUUGAAUUGUUCAUUACUUCAUUAAUUACGUCGAUUAUCAGUUUAAUUUUCGAUUCAUUCCUCAUAGCAAUCAACCGCUCGAGUUCAUUUGAAAUUCAUCGGUGA